UUUGUAAGUUGUCGUAGAAACGAGCUAAAUGGAGGGAGUUUGAAGCAUUGAACGUACCGCUACUGACUUGAUUUGUGUCCAUCUUUGCUCUAAUGAGCUUGCACGUUAACUGAUUUGACCAAGGGAAAACAUUUUUUAUUGAAUUUAACCAGUCACCUCUGUUUUUGUAGAAAAUAGCCAGCCAACUCAACAAAAAAGAGGUGCAUGUGCGCGGGCAAGGGACUCGAAAAGUUGCCAACCGAGUACUGUAAACUUAACAACAUCAUGACCCAACAAGGAGCAGCUCUACAGACCUACAACAAUGAGCUUGUAAAAUGUAUCGAGGAGCUGUGCUCCAAGCGUGACGAGCUGAACCGUCAGAUCCAGCAGGAGGAGGAGGAGAAAACGCGCCUGCAGCACGACGUGCGCGUCCUCACGGAGAAGCUGAGCCGCGUCAACGAGAGCCUCGCCCGCCGACUCACCGCCCGCGCAGACUUCGACCGCACCAUCGCGGAGACGGAGGCGGCCUACAUGAAGAUCCUGGAGAGCUCUCAGACUCUGCUCAGCGUGCUGAAGAAGGAGACAGGGACCCUGAGCAAAACUACGGAACCCCGAGGGAAGGACCACUGAGCAGGGCGGGCGACCCCUGACCCCUCACCCCUGACCCUGACGUACAGGGCCUCAGCAAUCUCCUCCUCCUUUUCUACUCUCUCUCUCACCUCCUUCUCUUCCUCUUCUCUAUUGUCCUGUGGACUGUUUGUAAGAUAUUUAUGUGGUAUUGCUUUGAAUUUCUGAAUGUCUGAAUGCUGCCCUUACUCGCACGCUUUUGUAUACAUUUGAAUUAUUUUAAUAAAGAUUAUCUGUGAAUGAAUCGUGUGCCGGUG